CCUCUCUAUUUCCUCUCCUCCGUGUCUGUAGAAAGCUUCUCGCAUCUAGCGAUUAAAGCGAUCCUCCUCUCGAGACCUCGAAACCCUAGCGAUCUCAUCGUAGAAAACCCUAUCGGAUUUCGUCGUAGGAAACCCUAGCGAUCUCCCAAUAUCAAAGUGAUGCUUCCAUUGGAUUGAUCAUUGUGGAAAUAAAGUUGACGAUCUACUUCAAGGGCAUUAGCUAUUGUCUACCUGUUUAGUUUUGAACUUCUCUUGACUGUUGUUAUAUUUUGUUAUAUGUGAACCGAGAUUCUAUUAGGUCAGCAUAUUUUCUUGCUGGAUCUGUGGCACCAUUUCCAGGAAACUCGUACUUUUGUAUCCACUUACGUGGGAACAGAAACUGCUUACAUCAUUGGUCUUGGAUCCUUUAUCUGAAUAUUAAAAAUACUCUUGCUCUUCAAUCAAUGGAGAGCUUAGCGCAACUGGAAGCUUUGUGUGAGAGGCUUUACAAUUCUCAGGAUUCAGCUGAACGAGCUCUUGCAGAAAGCACGUUGAAGUGUUUUUCUGUGAAUACUGAUUACAUCUCACAGUGCCAGUAUAUAUUGGAUAAUGCUUUGACUCCUUAUGCUUUGAUGUUGGCUAGUUCAAGUUUGUUGAAGCAAGUGACAGAGCACAGUCUCUCUUUGCAAUUGCGGCUUGAUAUUCGGAAUUAUGUGUUAAGCUACCUAGCUACAAGAGGACCUGAAUUGCAGACUUUUGUUACUGGAUCUCUGAUUCUACUAUUAUGUCGAAUUACAAAAUUUGGAUGGUUUGAUGAUGACAGAUUCAAAGACAUAGUUAAGGAAGCUGCGAACUUUUUAAGCCAGGCAACAUCUGGUCAUUAUUCUAUUGGUUUGAAGAUAUUGAAUCAGCUUGUCUCCGAGAUGAAUCAGCCAAACCCAGGAAUGCCUCUUACACAUCAUGCGCGGGUUGCCACCAGCUUCAAAGAUCCUUCGCUUUUCCAAAUAUUCCAAAUAUCUCUGACAUCUCUGCACCAGCUUAAAACUGAUGGGAAUAUGCAAGUUUCAAGCGUGUUAAAGCAACUUGCUGUUUCUCUUUCAUUGCGGUGUUUAUCUUAUGAUUUUAUUGGGACUUCCCUAGAUGAAAGUUCUGAAGAGUUCGGUACAGUGCAGAUUCCAGCUUCCUGGAGAUCCAUUUUGGAGGAUCCUUCUACUGUUCAAAUUUUUUUCGAUUACUAUGGGAUAACAGAGCCUCCUGUGUCAAAAGAGGCUUUGGAAUGUCUGGUGAGGCUUGCUUCUGUAAGGCGCUCUUUAUUUACGGAUGACGGCGGACGAUCGCAGUUUUUAGCUAGGUUAAUGGCGGGAACUAAAGAAAUUUUGCAAACAGGGAAAGGGCUUGUGGAUCAUGAUAACUACCAUGAGUUUUGUCGCCUUUUAGGGCGGUUUAAAGUAAACUAUCAGUUGUCGGAGCUUUUGAAUGUGGAAAUUUAUGGGGAAUGGAUUCGUCUGGUAGCUGAAUUCACAACAAAGUCCUUGCAGUCUUGGCAGUGGGCCAGCACUAGUGUAUACUACCUUUUGGGGCUUUGGUCUAGAUUGGUGACAUCCGUGCCAUAUUUGAAGGGUGAUUCCCCGAGUCUUUUAGAUGAAACUGUGCCUAAGAUCACUGAAGGUUUUAUUACCUCUAGGUUCAAUUCUGUUCAGGCUGGUUUUCCCGAUGAUCUCUCAGAGAAUCCAUUAGACAAUGUGGAGCUUCUUCAGGAUCAACUGGAGUGCUUUCCUUACCUUUGCAGAUUUCAGUAUGAAAACACUAGUCUAUAUAUUAUAAAGAUCAUGGAGCCUAUUCUGCAGGCAUACACGGAAAGAGGAAGAUCACGAGCCCCAGGGGAUGUUGACGAACUUUCUGUGAUUGAAGGGCAACUUGCAUGGAUGGUUCACAUCAUUGCUGCCAUUCUCAAAAUUAGACAGACUACUGGCUGUAGUACUGAAUCAUCACAAGAAUUAAUUGAUGCUGAGCUUGCAGCUCGUGUCUUACAGUUGAUAAAUAUCACUGACAGUGGAUUGCAUUCUCAGAGAUAUUGUGAAGCAAGCAAGCAGAGGCUUGAUCGUGCCAUUAUCACCUUUUUUCAGAAUUUCAGGAAGUCUUAUGUUGGUGAUCAGGCAAUGCAUUCAUCUAAGCAGCUAUAUUCCAGAUUAUCUGAACUUCUUGGACUCCAUGAUCAUUUAGUCCUGCUUAAUGUCAUUAUUGGAAAGAUUGCUACAAACCUGAAGUGCUACACUGAGUGCGAGGAGGUUAUUGAGCACACAUUGUCCCUCUUUCUCGAACUUGCAUCAGGUUAUAUGACUGGCAAACUGCUGCUCAAGUUGGAUACUGUCAAAUUCAUAAUUGGACAUCACACGAGGGAGAACUUUCCAUUUCUUGAAGAAUAUAGGUGCUCUCGGAGCAGAACAACUUUUUAUUACACUCUUGGGUACUUGAUCUUUAUGGAAGACAGCCCUGUCAAAUUCAAAACAUCUAUGGAUCCACUUCAACAGGUUAUGGUUAAGCUGGAGUCAACUGCUGAUGCUGCAUUUCGUACUGACGCUGUUAAAUAUGCAUUUAUUGGUUUAAUGAGGGAUAUGAGAGGAAUUGCAAUGGCGACAAAUAGUCGAAGAACAUAUGGAUUGCUGUUUGAUUGGCUGUAUCCUUCUCAUAUGCCCCUCCUGUUGAAAGCUAUCUCACAUUGGACCGAUUCACCAGAGGUGACAACACCAUUGUUGAAGUUUGUUGCUGAAUUUGUCUUAAAUAAAGCUCAACGCUUGACUUUUGACUCAUCAUCCGUGAAUGGUAUUCUUUUAUUUCGAGAAGUCAGCAAGUUAAUUGUGGCUUAUGGUUCAAGGAUUCUGUCUCUUCCGAAUACUGCUGAUAUGUAUGCAAACAAGUAUAAGGGCAUCUGGAUUUCAUUAACCAUUCUGCAAAGAGCAUUGGGUGGAAAUUAUGUCAACUUCGGUGUGUUCGAGUUGUAUGGUGAUAGAGCACUUGCAGAUGCCCUUGAUAUUUCCCUGAAGAUGACUCUUUCAAUUCCUUUAGCUGAUAUAUUAUCAUAUCGCAAGCUUACGAAGGCUUAUUUUGCGUAUGUGGAGGUUUUAUUCAGCAAUCAUAUAUCUUUCAUUCUAAACUUGGAUACAAACACCUUUAUGCAUAUUGUUGGCUCGCUUGAAUCUGGUUUGAAGGGCCUUGAUACUGGUAUCUCGUCACAGUGUGCUGCUGCUGUUGAUAAUCUUGCUGCGUUCUACUUCAACAAUAUUACAGUUGGGGAGUCACCCCCGUCAGCUGUUGCAGUGAAUCUUGCUCGGCACAUUGCUGAGAGCCCUAACUUGUUUCCUGAAAUCCUUCGAACUCUUUUUGAGAUAGUUUUAUUUGAGGAUUGCGGCAACCAAUGGAGUCUUAGCAGGCCAAUGCUCAGCUUGAUUCUGAUAAGCGAGCAGAUGUUUAGUGAUCUGAAAGCUCAAAUUUUGGCUUCACAGCCACUUGAUCAACAGCAGCGUCUGUUGUUAUGUUUCGAUAAGCUAAUGGCUGAUGUCAAUCGGAGUUUGGAUUCAAAGAACAGGGAUAAAUUCACCCAAAAUCUCACAGUAUUUAGACAUGAAUUCCGCGUGAAGUGACUAGCAUAGCCAUGCAUCUUGGCAUGAACUCCAUUCUUUUUGUGAAUUCUUUCAAGCUGUUGCUCUGUAAAUAACCAAUAUCGUGAUAAGCAUCUUUUCGCUCAGCCUAUCAACUCUGCAUGCGGGUGUAUGUUGUAGAAAAGCUUUGCUGUUAUGCAAUUACAAAUGUUUUGGCCCCU